AUGGACCUAUCCACCGACACCGACAAGCCUGGGCGCUCAACACAGAACACAGCGGACUUGACCGCGGACUCAACCCUUGCACGUCACGACGCCACCGAUUCGCCGACAUCAUCGCAAAGCAAUCGCACCCUGACAGGAGGAGAAGGAGGAGGAGGAGAAAGCACACUGCGCACAUUGGAUGAGAAUAAAGAGGAGGUCGCAUCUAGCAAAGAGGACGAUGUCGCCGCCGACACGCCUGCCGCGCCUGCAGCGCAAGAAGAGGAGCGGCCACAGCGCAGCAAGGCGAAGAUCAGUCUGAUCAUGUUCUCGCUCGCCAUCGCCGUACUUCUUGUCGCACUCGACAUCACGAUUGUUACCACUGCGCUGCCUACCAUUGCCGAAGAGUUCAACUCUGCAUCUGGAUACACAUGGGUUGGUUCAGCCUACCUCAUCGCAAACUCUGCCGCCACUCCAAUCUGGGGCAAGGUCUCAGAUAUCUUCGGUCGCAAGCCAUGUCUGUUAAUCACCAAUGCUAUAUUUUUCAUCGGCUCCUUGAUCGCCGCACUCUCGGUCAACAUGAACAUGUUGAUUGGAGCCCGUGUGGUUCAAGGCAUGGGUGGUGGAGGACUCAUUGUGCUGGUAAACAUUGCCAUAUCUGAUCUGUUCGCCAUGCGCGAUCGAGGUGCAUACUUUGGUAUCAUUGGAGGUGUAUGGGCGCUUGCCAGCAGUCUCGGACCUAUCGUUGGAGGUUUGUUUACGCAGAAGGUUAAUUGGAGAUGGUGUUUUUGGAUUAACCUACCAUUCGAUGGCCUGGCUUUCAUCAUCCUUAUCUUUUUCCUUGACAUCCACACGCCGAAGACGCCCCUGCGCAAGGGCCUCAAAGCCGUUGACUGGCUUGGUUCUUUGACCAUGGUCUCAGGGACCAUCAUGGUUCUUCUUGGCCUAGAAUAUGGUGGUAUUGCGCAUCCAUGGGACUCGCCAAUCGUGCUCUGUCUCAUCAUCUUUGGUGCAGUCACUAUUGGCCUUUUCUUCGUGAUCGAGUCUCGACUGGCACCUUACCCGCUUAUGCCACUGAGCAUCUUCUCGAAGCGCUCGAACGUUGCUGCUCUCGGGACCUGCUUCUGUCACGCCUUCGUUUUCAUUCCGGGCAACUACUUCUUGCCUCUGUACUUCCAGGCUGUUCUUGGUGCUACGCCAAUUCUUUCUGGUGUUUACUUGCUUCCGACUGCAAUUGCUCUUUCCAUUUUUUCGAUUAUGACGGGUAUCACGAUUAGAAAGACUGGCCAGUAUCGCCCCAUUAUUUGGUUCGGCAUGUUCAUGAUGACCCUUGGUACGGGACUGUUCAUCGACCUUGGAGUGCACUCGGGUUGGGCGAAGAUCAUCAUUUACCAGGCUAUUGCCGGUAUCGGUGUAGGACCAAACUUCCAAGCUCCUCUUAUCGCCAUGCAGAGUCUCGUCCCUAAACGCGACAUUGCAACAGCAACAGCGACCUUCGGUUUCACACGCAACCUUGGCUCGGCCAUCUCAGUCGUCGUCGGCUCCGUGAUCUUCCAAAAUGAAAUGAAAGCGCAGCAAGGGAACCUGCGUGCCUCUCUCGGCGAUCAGACCGCAUCGUCUUUUGGUGGCGGCGCGGCAGGCGCGAAUGUCGGCCUUAUUAAUUCACUCCCUGGUCCGCAAAGGGCCAUUGCGCGAGACGCGUUCGCAAACAGCUUAAGCAAGAUGUGGAUUCUUUAUGCCGUGUUUGGCGCACUCGGAUUGCUGAUUUCCCUACUCAUUGGAGUCAAUGUAUUGGACAAGCAUCACGAGGAGACGAAGACCGGUUUGGAUAUCGAGAAGGAAAGGAGAGCAGAGAGGGAGGCGGAGAAGGAGGCAAAGAGGUUGAAGAGAGCUAGCAAGGGCCAGAGUAAGGCGAGUUUGCCGCUGGAUACGGAGAAGGGCGAUGCGCCACCAGCAACUGGGGACGACAAGGAGGUCAAGGCUUGA